AUCUAAACCCAUGCUUCGGUCACAUGAGUAGCACAAUCUUAUAAUAUUAUGCGAAACAUUUGAUAGCACAACAUCAACGAGGACAUGUUCAAGAAUCAUGUCAUACCAAUGAAUCGCUUAUACCCAACCAAGCUUUAAUGGACCAACAAGUGAUCUAUGCUGAAUGCAGUCUAUUCCGUUCCAGUGGUGGCACAGAGAAGAUGAAUCCAAACAUCUCACUCGUCUUUCCAACAAGAAAGCGAGUUGAACUCAUCACAGACGACUGUUGACAGCAGGCACAUCUACUGCAGUCCAUAUUCCUUUUCUUCGGUUACCAGUCUCUGUGCAUUUAAUAGUCCCCGUGAGCACAAGAGAGAGACCGGUGGUGAUUGAAUACGCACCAUAUGAACCGGAUUCGGUCCGCGAGAGUCCCAAGGAGAGAAGGGGGAUGGAUUAUGUGUUCAAGAUGGUAGUGAUCGGCGACUCUGCGGUCGGCAAGUCGCAGCUGCUGUCGCGAUUCUCGAAGAACGAGUUCAGCGCCGACAUCCGGGCCACCGUCGGAGUCGAGUUCCAGACCAAGACGGUCCGCAUCGACGAUAAGCUCGUCAAGACCCAGAUCUGGGACACGGCCGGGCAGGAGCGGUACGGGGCCGUCACCGGCGCCUACUACCGCGGCGCCCUGGGCGCGCUCAUCGUCUACGACGUGACCAAGCACCCUAGCUUCGACCACAUCCCCCGGUGGCUUGACGAGCUCCGCCACCGGGCCGACCCCAACGUGGUCAUCAUGCUCGUCGGCAAUAAGUGCGACCUCGAGGGGCUGAGGGCGGUGCCGACGGAGGCCGGGAAGAAGCUGGCGGAGAGGGAAGGCCUGCUGUUCCUGGAGACGUCGGCGCUGGACGCGACCAAUGUGGAGAAGGCCUUCCACAUGGUUCUGGAGAGGAUUUAUCGGCGGGUGAGCAGGAAGUCGCUCGGCGGUGCCGAUGGCGAACGGGGGUUCAACUCCUCCCUCGGCGGGACAGUGCUGGAUGUCAAGGUCGGUCAGCAGAAUACUACUCACCGGUGCUGCUCACAACAGUAGGAGCACUUGGGACUCUCUCUCUCUCUCUAGGGUGAUCAGCAAGCUUUCUUGAUGACUGGGAUGUACUAGGAACUCGCUACAGAUCAUGACAACAAUUGCUUACAUCAUUUUAGAGUUUAUAGUUCAUCAUUGAGAACUAAUCCAUUUGUAGGUCUUUUGUUAGUCAUCAGAGUAAAAACAUCUUAGUGUGCAUUGAUGAUCACGAUGAAUAGGUCUGGAUGUAAUGAAGUUAGUAAUGCAUCAACUAUCUUUCAA